GUGCUCAGUUAGGCAUAGAAUGAACAAAAGCCCCGAUUGUAUUGUAAAGUCAAACACUCAGACUGACGAUAAUAGUCGAGAACGAGUGAAUAGUUAUGUAAUUGUCCGACGAUUUUGUAAACUAUUCAAAACACAGUACGACUCCAAACAUCUGGUUUUGCUGACUGUCCUGUGUUUCGGUAGUGUUUUGACCAGUACUGCGGCCUCAUUGGACGGACCUUUCUUCCCAUCCGUUGCCGAACAACGGGGUAUAAGUGAUUCUUGGAUUGGAGUAAUUAAUGGUAUCAUUAAUUUGGGUUUUAUUAUCGGUUCAAUACUAUCAAGAUAUUUGUUGUCAAGAUAUAAGCCAAAAAAUGUACUCAAAAUAUGUGUAUUCAUAUUUGGAUUAUCCAUUUGUGGAUUUGGAUCUCUUGAAUGGUGUUUUAGUGCCAAAUACUUCAUACCGAUAGCAAUAUUCAUACAAUUAGUGAUUGGCUUUCAAAUGGGAACUUAUUUUACAACGAGUUAUACAAUUAUUUAUUUAGAGUUUACUGAAAAUCUCAAUCAAGUUUAUGCUAAGAUUGAAGUCUAUUAUUCAAUUGGUCUUAUAAUAGGUCCACCGCUCGCAGGAUUUGUAUUUCAAUUGGGAGAGACAUUUGGCUAUGGAUUUUGUGUACCAUUUUAUGUUUUCGCAUUUUUAGCUCUUGUUAUGACAAUUGUUAUACAUCUAACUGUCAAAACUGAAACACUUUAUGAAAAUAAGGGAAACAUAUCGUAUUGGCAAUUGAUGUCAAAAGGAGGUAUUUUAGUCAAUGUUUUGGUGACUAUGAAUGCCGGUGCUCUCAUUGGAUUCAAUACAACAACAUUGGAAUUGCACUUAGAAGAUAUAGCUAAUUUGUCGCCAUCAAUGGUAGGGCUGGUAUUUUUAAUAUCAGGAGUCUCUUUGGUUACAUUUAAUCAUAUUUUUGAGCAUUUGGCCCACAAAAUCAAACAAAAAUAUGUAAUUAGUUUAAUAGGUUGUUUGUCGGCACUGAUAUGUUUAACAAUAAUAGGUCCCAUACCUAUGAUUGAAAUUGAACCCCAAUUAUAUUUAGUAAUUAUUUCGCAAAUAUUUCUUGGAUUGGGUAUCAGUGCUCUAUUGGUGGGUGCAUUUGAACAGGGAACAAAAGAGAACAGAAACAAUGUAUUUGUUGAAAGUUCUUCCACAACUGCAAUACUAUCCUCACUGUUCACAACGUGGGAGGCGUUGGGUGAUGCAUUUGGACCGGUAAUCGGGGGAACACUUAUGGAAAGUUUCGACUAUUCCUGGUCUUCGUUCCCAUUCUUUGCACUUCAACUGAUUUUGAUUACAAUAAUUACUUUAUUUUAUUUAUGGCGAAAAUUUACAAAUAAAAAAGAAGAUAUUACAUUAGAGAGUGUAUGUUAUGAAUAG